AUGACAGCUACUUGCUUUGUUAUCUUCAAAAAGAGGAUACAUGAGUCCAGAAAGGCUGCGGAUUUUCUUGAUCUGGAACCAAUCUUACCAGGAAUUCUAACUCUAUUCUCUUACAAUGAGCUGAAAGUAAUUACAGAAGAUUUCAGUAGUAAGCUUGGGGAAGGAGGAUUUGGAUCUGUUUAUGAAGGAACACUGAGAAAUGGCACCAAAAUAGCUGUGAAGCAUCUGGAUGGUCUAUGUCAAGUAAAGGAAUCAUUCUUAACAGAAGUUAAGGCGGUCGGUGGCAUUCGCCAUAUCAAUCUGGUAAAACUCAUUGGAUUUUGUGCAGAAAAAAGCCACAGGCUUCUUAUCUAUGAGUACAUGGUAAAUGGAUCAUUGGAUAAGUGGAUUACGCAUGAGAAUCAAGAGAAUGGGCUUACAUGGAACAUGAGGCAGAGGAUAAUAUCAGAUAUCACCAAAGGGUUAGCAUAUCUACAAAAGGAUUGCAGCCAUAAGAUAAUUCAUUUGGACAUCAAACCACAAAACAUCCUUCUAGAUAAAUAUCUCAAUGCUAAGAUAUCAGAUUUUGGGUUGUCGAAGCUAACUGAGAAAGACAAAAGCAAAGUUAUGACUAGAAUGAGAGGAACACGGGUGGUGACUGUUGAAACCAACUUGGAUUAUGAUUUCACACACGUACCGGAGGUCGGGGCAGGAAACCAACAGAGGGAAGCCAUUAUCAGUUCAAAAAUUCCUUCAAUUUUAUCGGGACCAAGGUAA